AUGGCAAUCGGGCCAAUGCCAAAGCCCAAACGGAUCUUCCUCCGCACGAUCGAUAUAGAGAGGAUCUAUUUACGAACAGAAAAACCCACGCCGCACAGACUUGAGCGUAUCAACAUUGAAUUGGGUGGAAAAAGCAUGGGCUGCCAGGCCACUGGGGACGGGCGACUGCCACGAAGCCCAGGGAAGGCACAGGGCCACAUGAGAUACGACCUUCAGGCGGACUGUGGCGCACUACCGGGAGAUUCGUCGCAGAGGCAGCACAACACUGACGCGCUGAAUGCAGCGCUCGAGCGGCUGCAGCCCGGCGACUCGCUGGUGGUGACCGAGGGCGAGACGUUCCACCUCAACGGCGGCGUCCGGGUCAAGCGGCUGCGCGACGUGUCCAUUGUCGUCGAUGGAACGCUCUUUUUCUCAGCGCCCAUCCGUGAGUGGCCGGGACAGCCACACUGUGCGGAGUGCCCGGCGGAUGCGAUGGCAUUCCCACGAGCGCGCAACGUCACCUUCACGAGCAGCCGCCCCGGCCUGGUCGGCACGCUUGAUGGCGGCGGUCCCAAGUGGUGGGGCUACCCAUGGAUUGGGUACGCCGUGCGUGGAGAGAACCGACCAUUUCUCUUCACAGUGGCGGAGGGGAGGGACGUGCUGUUCGAGCGGAUCCUGCUCAAGGAUGCUGGCUUCUGGACCGCCAAGUUCUACCACGCCGAUGGCCUCGAGAUCCGCGACACUGCGGUGGUGGCGAGGCGAACGAUGGCGCACAGCCACACGCUGCUCGACGCCUCUGCCUUCAACACCGACGGUCUCGAUGUGUCGGGCCGGAACGUGUGGAUCCACGACGUGCAGAUCUGGAAUCAGGACGACUGCAUCGCCGUCAAGGACUCGAGGGACGGAUACAGCGAAAACAUGCUCAUCGAGCGAGUCAACGCGUCCGGCACCGGCAUCGCCAUCGGCUCGAUCUCAGGCACGCACGUGCGCAACAUCACCAUCCGCGAUUCGUAUCUCGACCGCACCUGGAAGGGAAUAUACCUCAAGUUCCGGGGCUCCGGAACGAUGAGCGACAUCCUCAUCGAGAACGUCACCAUGGACGCGCCCGAGCAGUGGCCCAUUUGGAUCGGACCGGCGCAGCAGUCCAGCCCGGGCGCCUCAAAGUCGGGCGUCUCCAGCUUCGAUGACCUGCUCGUCCCAAUCUGCAACGCCAACCCGUGCUCGCUCUGCUGGCCUGUCGCCUCUAGCUGGGUGCCGGACGUGGCGACGUGCAACGGCGUCGAGAACGGUGUCUUUCGCAACAUCACCCUGCGUGACAUCACCAUCAACAACCCGGUCUACUCACCUGGCGUGCUGCUGGGCGACCCGAGGCCGGGCCACGGGAUGCAGAACGUGGUAUUCGACGGCGUAAGGGUACGUUACACGUGCGACGCGCUGCCGCCGUGGUCGGAGACCUUCUCGCAGCUCCCGACCCGCGUGUUCGACGAGGGCGUCCUCCACUUGGCCCUCACUAUCGUGGCCGGCCUGCUGCUGCUGCUGGUCCUGCCGGUCGGGCUCUGCUGGCGCGGCGGCUGCUGCGCGCGCUGGUGGCGGCGCAUUUGGGGUUGGGGCGGCGCUCGCGGCGGAAAAACGUUUUGGGCCCGGAAGGCGCCAAUGGGCUGCAGCACCGGGCCGCAGGUGGUGGUGGGCGCCGCCACCGGGGUGGGCCUGGUGCUGGUGCUCGCUCUCGCGUGGGCGCUGGCGGGGCGGUACAUUGCCGAUGAGGUGGAGCGGAUGCAGGCAGCCGAACGAGAGGAGACGCGCGAAUGGCACACCUGCAGCGGCGUGCAGAGUGGCGUCGCCACCGGAGACACUUGGCCGGUGCCCCACUGCUUCGAAGACCGAACCACCGGGCGGGGCGAGCCGGAGAGGGUCACCUGCGGCCUCAGCGCCGGCGCGACGGCGGCGGUCGUGCUGGUGUCCCUCGCCGUGACCAUGGCCGUGGUGACCGCCCUGCUCGUGCUUCGGCGCCAGCGGCGGGCGCGGCUCCCCGACGCCGCCGGCCUCGUCAACCUCCUCCCGCCAAAGCAGCCACAGUCUGUCUUUGUGCAGUGGUUCUGCUCCAAGCCGUCGCCCGUCCCGGCCGUUCCGGGCUUGCCGAGCGCGGCGCUGCACGCCGCGAGGCCCGCUAUUCGCCGGCGGCCAUCGGAAGUUCCUAUGCUGGCGCAGCAGGCCGAGGUGGAGGCGAUGCGCAUACCGUCCGAGGCGGCAUCGAUACAGAGCCUGCGGGAGGCGGUGCUCGAGCUCCGCCCGUCACCCCGGAGCUCGCACUCGUCAGCGCACUCGCUGGACGCCUAA